CCCACUCCACCUACCAGAGACAGGCAAGGGUGAAGUUUCUGUUAUACACUGCAAAAGAUAUGAGUAGGUUAGUGGGUGUGUGCCAAAUGAUCUCGGGUGCAAACAUCGAGAAAAACAUUGAAACGUGUAAGCGACUCAUAAAGAAGGCAUACAAGCGUGGUGUAAAGAUGGUGUUUCUGCCAGAGUCAUUUGACUAUGUAUCAGAGAACAAGGAGAUGUGUCUUUCUCUUGCUCAUGAUGUCAAUGGAAAAAUCAUCACUGAAUUAUCUCAGAUGGCAAAGGAACUCAACAUUUGGCUGUCACUUGGGGGUUUUCAUGAAAAGAACACAUCAACAGAAGAUAGCAGAGUGUACAACACACAUUUGAUUAUUGACAACAAUGGCAAUAUUGCAGGCAAAUAUAACAAACUUCACCUCUUUGACAUUGAUAUAAAAGAUGGGGUAACACUUAAGGAGUCGGACAGUUUUAUACAUGAAGAUCUUUCUCCCAUCAUAAGUACACCGGUUGGAAACAUUGGUCUCUCAAUUUGCUAUGAUUUACGAUUUCCUGAGCUAUCCAUUGGUUUGGCACAAAGAGGUGCAGAUGUCCUUACCUAUCCAUCUGCAUUCACAUUCAUCACUGGAGCUGCUCAUUGGGAGUGUCUUUUGAGGGCAAGGGCCAUUGAAAACCAGUGUUAUGUAAUAGCAGCAGCCCAGACAGGACAACAUAUCCAGCGAAGAUCAUAUGGCCAUGCUAUGGUGGUUGAUCCUUGGGGUAAAGUUGUAGCACAGUGUCACGAGGGAGAAGACUUGUGUGUGGCAGAAAUUGAUUGUGAUUAUCAAAAGGAAGUAAGACAACAAAUGCCAAUAUGGAAGCACAGGAGAUACGACCUAUAUGGGAAUAUUGCCAAGCAACAAGAUAAAGAAUGACUGGAAAUUAUUUCUAUUUGAUGUCAUAGACAAAUAUCAAAUAUUGUAUUUCUAUACACUUACAUAAAUCUUUAGUAAAUACUGCAUACAUCUCUGACUUUUUGAUAAAAGACAAUAAAACACAUUUACUGUCUGUCAAAUGUUACGUCACGACUUAUAUGUAACGAUUACGUCAUUCGUAUUACGUCAUAUCAACUUGCAGCUCUGAUUUCUAAUAGUUACUUGUAUUGCCGCAUUGUUAAUGCAUAUCUAGUAAAAUAAAUAUGUUCUUUUUAAA